AUGCCUCGUACCGUCACGGCCACCGGGCUGAUCCUCUCAUCACGAGCGCUCUCAACGCCUCCUGUAUGCGCCCAAUGCCUCCGUGAUGACCUCCGGGCAACCUACACAGCCAUCCAAUCCCGACGAUACCGACCCACGCGGCGGAAAGACGUCUCCCCGUUCGGUGCCGCCGUGUCCGCCGCCCAGACCAUCUUCAAGGGCCUACCCAAGGCACCGCCGGGCAUCUCCGUCGACCCGCUGCGAAUGGUGGGCAAGGAGCUCAAGUUUCUGACCAAGAACAUCCGCCAAUUGCUGGGCUCGGGUCACCCGGCCCUGGACAAGGUCGCCAAGUACUACACCCGCAGCGAAGGCAAACACAUGCGGCCCAUGCUGGUUCUGCUCAUGUCCCAGGCCACAGCCAUGGACCCGCGGAAACACCACACACACCCGGGCACAACCCCCGUCGACGACCCGUUUAGCGCGUCCUCGAUCCUAGACGACGCUAAUCCCGACGCCAACCCGCUGGUGGCCCGUUCCGCCGAGGCCCAGUAUGAUUUUGCGGGCGACGACAACAUUCUGCCCUCGCAGCGGCGGCUGGCGGAGAUCACGGAGCUGAUUCACACGGCCUCCCUGCUGCACGACGAUGUCAUCGACAACGCCGUGACGCGCCGCGCGAGCAGCUCCGCCAACCUGGCAUUCGGGAACAAGAUGGCCGUGCUGGCGGGCGAUUUCUUGCUGGGCCGGGCCUCCGUGGCCCUUGCCCGCCUGCGGGACCCAGAGGUGACAGAGCUGAUGGCCACCGUGAUUGCCAAUCUGGUGGAGGGCGAGUUCAUGCAGCUGAAGAACACGGCGCAGGACGAGUCCAACCCCGUGUACACCGACGAGACCCUCUCCUAUUACCUGCAGAAGACGUACCUGAAGACAGCCAGUCUGAUCAGCAAGUCCUGUCGCUCGUCGGCCGUGUUGGGCCGCAGUGCCCCCGAGGUUAUCGAGGCGUCCUAUCAAUAUGGCCGGAACCUGGGCCUGGCGUUCCAGCUCGUCGAUGAUCUGCUGGACUACACUGUCACCGAGGUGGAGCUGGGCAAGGCCGCCGGUGCGGACCUGGAGCUCGGCCUGGCCACCGCGCCGCUGUUGUUUGCAUGGAAGAGUAACCCCGAACUCGGCCCACUGGUGGGCCGGAAGUUCCGUGAAGAAGGCGAUGUGCAGAAGGCCCGUGAGAUGGUCUACCGCAGCGAUGGCGUCGAGCAGACCCGCGCCCUGGCCCAGGAAUACGCCGACAAGGCCGUCGCGGCGAUCAGUGACUUCCCCGACAGCGAGGCCAAGGCGGGCUUGGUUGAGAUGGCGGAGAAGACUAUGCGCCGCCGGAAGUAG